AUGACCCACAGAUUCUCGGUCGACAUGCUCCCAGCUCCCCGCACCCCCCUGCCGUCUACAACUAUCCCCAGCUGGUGUGCCGAUCAUAGCGAUAGAUCUGACGCCAAUGCGCAAGGGUUGAGUCGGGAGAUAACGACAAAGACAAGGGCCGAUUUUGCGCGCAUCAUUGACAAUAAGGAGGGAGGCGAUGUUACUACCACUUUUGAGGCCCUACAUGUCUCCAACCAUAGCCACUACUCGCCUACUGCUGGGGAUACGACAGCCUUAACGAAGAAACAAGAGAUCAAGACCGGCUCGUACAAGAGUGAGGCGGCAGUGUUCCGCCGCAUAUGCCAUCCGUCAGCAGCGGUUGAAACUCUUGAGGCAUUACACCCCGUGCACCACCGUAUACUCGACGAACUAUUUCGCCUCAAGCCCUCAGUUGUCGUAACGCUCAGCAAGUAUUGUUACCACUUCUUCCUCCCCAGGCUUUACGAGAAAGUGUAUUUGAACGCGCACAUUCUCCCAGCUACUGUAGAAUCCUUCCUGCACGGGCUUUCGAUAUCAAACGGGAGAAAGGACGAGGCCUUCAAGCACGUUCGAGAGAUAUGCUUCUACUUUCCCCCUUUAGUGUACGUUCCGAAGGGCAACAAGUUGCCUGACGGUACCAGGCAGAUGACACCAAUAGCUCGCCUCAAGGGGGUGCGUACUGGAUACCGACACGCAUGGAUCGAUAGACCACCAACAUCACCCUGGGACGAGGACGUAUCACCCAUCAUACUGCGGUUGAUGAAACAGCUUCCCAUAUCCACCCUGCCCAGUUUCACCAAAAAGACAAUGAGCGGAUACAUGGGAGACUACCUGUUCGAGGGUAACGAACGAUUAGAAGAAGAAGGCUACGUCUCGACAUAUGCGCGCUCCUCCAUCCCUGUUCUAAACGAGGAAGAACGCUACCCUGAGCUACCUAUGUUUCAUGUCUUAUGCCUUUUCAUAGGCCAUCUGCGUCUCGCCGAGAUCACCCAGCACUCUGCCAUUCAGAUACCAGCGCUCCCACUUGACUCUCGAGGCAAGACUCACUUUGAGUCGCUCUGCGAGGCUUUUGGUAUUCCUAGUGUACCCGAAAGCCAGCAGAUAGACAGUAACGCAAGCGCAAUAGCGAAGACCGCGACAAAUACUGUGCCGUCUUUGGAAGAUGAAAGAGUCAGCUUCAGAGACUGA